CAUCCUAGUCAUGGCCCUGGUUCUGCAGCUGCUGCCGCUGCUGCUCUCCGGGAUCCAGGGGAACCCGGGGUCUUCCCUGGAGGGUCUCCCGGGGGACAAGGUGAACCUCUCCUGCGCAGGGGUGUCGCACCCCAUCCGCUGGGCCUGGGCGCCUAGCUUCCCGGCCUGCCAAGGUCUGUCCAAAGGACGCCGCCCGAUUCUGUGGGCGUCGUCUAGUGGGACCCCCACAGUGCCUCCCGUCCAGACCUUCGCGGGCCGCCUGCGCGCCCUGGACUCUGGCAUCCGGCGUCUGGAGCUGCUCCUGAGAGCGGGGGACUCCGGCACCUUUUUCUGCAAGGGUCGUCACGAGGACGAGAGCCGUAUGGUGCUUCACGUGCUGGGGGACAGUGCCGAUUGCAGGGCCUCAGGGCCUCGCCACGGGUCCGUUUACCCCCAGCUCCUGAUCCCGCUGCUGGGUGCGGGGCUGGCGCUGGGACUGGGAGCGCUGGCCGUGUACUGGUGGCUGCGCAGGCGCUCGCCCCCGUCCCCGCUUCCACCAUCUGCCAGAUUUGCUCUGUCCCCCCCACAUAGCUCCACACGUGAGAGCCGAUCCGCAGAGGACAGUAAAGGAGGAAGAGCCCCAGCUCCCAGGAGACCUGGACCAGGAGCCGAGCCUGCACUACGCGGACCUGGACCAUAUGGCCCUAAGAAGCCCCCGCCGGCUAUCCCCAGUGGUCCCUGCUGAUGCCUCCACCAUCUAUGCGGUUGUAGUUUGAAGGAAAACCCCUGCUCCAAACCUCACAACCUGGGGCUCCCAGAUCUCCAUAAACCCCCUGCCCCUCUUGGCCUCUCACCUGAAAGAGGAAGGCACCAUGGGGUAGAAAUGAGCACUAGACUGGGAGUCAGGAACCUGGGUUCCAGGAUGUCUCUGCCACUGAUGCUGCUCCUUUCAGUUACCCCAUCUCUCCUAUAGCUUUCGUCUCUCCUUCAUCACUUGGGUCCUCUCUUAAUCAUUAAACAUAGUCAAGCCCUGCCCUCCCACCUCAAGACAUCAAGAACUCCCAGAUACUUCCAUUCUUCCCUUCCCUUCACAGUCAAGUUUUUUGAACCAUGGGCCUACACUUACCUCUUCUAUUUUCUUCUCCUUCAUUCCACCCCUGAUUGCUCAUCUGCUGAAAUUGCUCUUCUGCCAGUGAUGUCCUGAUGCCCACACCCCAUGGUCAUUUUGUUAGCAUUCACUUGGCUUGGCCUUUGAUUACUCCCUUUGAACUGUUUUCCUUUGCUGCUGGUGACUUCCUUUUGGGACUGCUCUUCUUUGUUCCCUUAUGGCAUCCCCCACCAUUCUAGACUCGACACUUUGUUUUCCCCCUUCCUCUUCUUCUCGGAAGUUCUCAUGCACAGCCAGCAUUCAGCCCCCACCUCUGCAAAGGACACACAAAUCUCUCUCUAAUUUAGAUCUCAGAUCUGGGAUUUCCAUAGCUGUCACUGGGACGUGCCCCAGGCUGGCCCCAGGAAUUUUACACACAGCACUUCCAAAGCCCAACUCAUUGUCUUCUCCCAAGCCACCCAUUUAAUCCUCCUUCAGAUUCUCUCUUGAUCAACCCAGUUGCCCACGUCAGAAACUACGAGUCAUGCAGACAUCCUUCCUCUCUCAUCCCCACACAAUGAGCCAUCCACUCUUGUCUGUUUAUGUCUUCUUAACAUCACUGUCAAAUCCACACCCUUCUCCACGCCCAGUGAGGGUGCACUCUCCUCAUUUCCUGCCUGGAUUACCCAUAGCCUCACCUCAUCCUGCCCUCACCCUCCUUGCAAGAAACACAGAGGAUCCUCCCCAAAUGCUAACCUGAUUUCAGAACUGCAGUUCAGAACCUUAUUUCAGAACUCCUUGGCCUUCAGUUCUGGGCCCAUGGUCCUUGGCUGUGGGUACAAGUUGCCAAUGGACUCUGUCUGCUCCCCAGGGUCACAUCUUGCCACCUCAUUCCACAUUCACAUAACAUGCCUGGCCUUAGAGAAAUUCUCCCAGCUCCCAAAGGUGCCUUUCCCCAUGUGAUUCCUUCCCUCUUCCUGGAUUAUCCUUUUCCCUCAUCCCCUCCUACCUGCCUGGCUCAUUCUUGUUUAUCCUCAGGACUUAGUUCAGGAAUGUUACCCUUUCUGGGAAGUUGAUUCCAACCCUCUUUGCCUACCCCUAUGUACACUUUGAUGCCUUAGGGAGCCCACUUAUUUCUCUCUUAGCAAGAGCCUCCUAUGAAUUUUCCCAUCGUUAACUUGUAUUUGAAUUAUCAAGAAAUUUUCAAGUGCUGUGAGGGGACUGACCCUUUUAUAUUACUGCUAAGCUUCAGUAAAUGAGUGAAUGAAAAUA